CACGCGAAGAAGCUCAGUCAGUUCAGCCAAGCUGUCUGCCGUUGGUCAAGCAGAGAAGCCACUGCUGAUACAAAACUGUUAUUUUCUGUGAUUACAGAGCUCUGAAGGUACAGGUGACACAGAGUGCAAAGCAGUCUAUGUGUCAAGUCAAACUGGAAGGAGCUGAAAACUCAAAGGAGAAGUAUUUACGCACAGGUCCUACACUCAGCUGGGGCGGAACCAAUCUGCGGCUGCAGGUUUGUCACCGGCGGCAAAAAAGGGGACACACGCAGCACUGAGGAGGAACUGAGAAUGAGUGACCGAGUUCAAACAAAGUGUCCGUGAGUUUCUGUUGGGAAAGCAUCAAGAUCUGCGGCAAACUGUGCAGGAUUGCCUUCUUCUCCAAAAUCCGGGUUGCAGCCGGUUUUUCUCCUUAAUCUAUCAACUAAACGUAUGGACUUAUGGAAGUUUCCACCUCUGUAUCUCAUGAAUUUGUGACCACUGCAAAAUAAAAGAGGGAAAAGAAAGAAAGAAAGCAACUGUCUGAUUGAUGAGUGGAGUCCUGCUCAAACCCUGGUGAUUGGCAGGAGGAGGAGAGUCUGACGGAGGAGCAGAGGAAUGUUGGCAGACAUUUAGUCUGAGCUCAACAACGGAGGAAAAAUGGAUUCUUCACACAAAAAAUGUAAACACAGCAAUGGAGUGAGAUGUCGGAGCUCUGAGGAGGAUAAGGAUGGUUCAGCAACAACAGCAAAAAGAGAUGAAUCACUCAUUUGUGAGCAAUGUGGCAAGACUUUUAUCACAGCAACAAAGUUAAGAAGUCACAAAUGUAUUCACACUGUGGACAAACCAUUCAGGUGUGAUCAGUGUGGAAAGGCUUUUACUCACAAGAGUAAUCUAACACGUCAUCAACUCAUUCACAAUGGAGUGAAAUUGUUCGGCUGUGAUCAAUGUGGAAAGGCUUUUAAUCACAUGAGUCACUUAAAAAGUCAUCAACUUAUUCACAGUGGAGUUAAACCAUUCAGCUGUGAUCAGUGUGGAAAGGCUUUUACUCGGAAGAGUCAGUUACAAAGUCAUCAACUCAAUCACAAUGGAGUGAAAUUGUUCGGCUGUGAUCAGUGUGGAAAGGCUUUUACUCACAAGAGUCAUCUAACAAAUCAUCAACUCAUUCACAGUGGAGUUAAAGCAUUCAGCUGUGAUCAGUGUGGAAAGGCUUUUACUCAGAGGAGUACGUUAAGAACUCAUCAACUCAUUCACAGUGGAGUGAAACCAUUCAGCUGUGAUCAGUGUGGAAAAGCUUUUACUCGGACGAGUCACUUAAAAAGACAUCAACUCAUUCACAGUGGAGUUAAACUAUUCAGCUGCGAUCAGUGUGGAAAGGCUUUUACUCACAAGAGUCAUCUAACAAGUCAUCAACUCAUUCACAGUGGAGUGAAACCAUUCAACUGUGAUCAGUGUGGAAAGACUUUUACUUGGACAAGUGACUUAAAAAGACAUCAACUCAUGCACAGUGGAGUUAAACCAUUCAGCUGUGAUCAGUGUGGAAAGGCUUUUACUCAGAAGAGUCGGUUAAAAAGUCAUCAACUCAUUCACAGUGGAGUGAAACCAUUCAACUGUGAUCAGUGUGUGAAAACCUUUACUCAGCAUGAACAGUUGUUGAUCCAUCAGUGCCCCCAUUCUGGUAGCAAGCGGUACCACUGUGACUCCUGUGAAAAAACUUUCAAGCACCAACAGAGCUUAAAAUGUCACCAACGCAUCCACACUGGACAUGAUGUGUACAUAUGUGAUCACUGUGGUGAACCAUUUGUACGGUACUCACAAUUAAAAGCUCAUGAAGUGACCCACACUGGGGUUAAACCAUACAUUUGUGACCAGUGUGGGAAACACUAUAGCUACAUUGCAGACCUCAAAAUUCACCAACGUGUGCACACUGGGGAGACACCAUACAGAUGUGACGAGUGUAAGAAGACUUUUACAAUUUUGGGUUCCCUGAAACGACACCAGCAGAUCCACACCAGAAAGAAAGCAUUCAAUUGGUGUCACAGUGAGCAGAACGGAACAGAUGGACUAAACUCUCAGACUUGUCGCACUCUGCCAGUGGUGAACAGUGCUGCUUUGACCAGUCUGGACCAACGUCCAACCAACAAGGAACCCUACAACGACACCAGCGUAUGCACACUGGACACAGACUGAACCCCUGCCAAGAAGAUUUCUCCAUGCAGGGUUCAGUAAAAGUUCAUGAAGUCCUCCACAAACUUAGUCCUUGAGAUCCGCUUCACAGAAUUCAGGUCUAAUUUCUUGUUUAGUGUCUUUGUUGCUUCGUUGCAAAAUCCAUGAAGAGGAAAGUUACUCAGUUAAAUGAAUUAUCAGUGGUAGAGGGAUAGACGUCUGGGUCUGGAUGGAGGCAGUGAGCAGCAGGGCGAAUUUGCUCGAUUACCAGCUUAAUUGUUCCUCAGAUCCUUCUCGGCUGCAGGAACCCGUUAGAUGCAGAGCUAAUCAUAAUUAAUUUAGGAGAUUUCUGUCUGUCUGUCAUAGGACAAUGAUGAAGAACCUCUAAUAUUGAACAACUAGAUCAAAUAAUCUCAGAUUAUGUGUGAGUAUAUAAAACAUGAAAAUGAAAAACAUGAAGUGUUCCAUGAAAAGUCCAAUCUUUGAAAGCUGACAUGUAGUUUAGAAUCAUUUCUUUGUAAAUUAGCUGCAUCCAGUCAUUACCAUGACAUUGGCAUAAUGGAACCAUGACCACAUCUACCGUAUUUUCACGACCAAAAGGCGCACUGUACCAAAAGGCGCAGUCUCAGUUAUGUGUGCCAUUACUGUAUUUAAAACACACAUAAGGCGCACCUGAUUAUAUGGCGAGGGUUUUAUAUACAAUCCACGCCCACACUUCCCCCUUUAACGUUCUCAUGGUGUCCUCUACUACGUCGGCCUUACAACAACAACAACACACACACAAGCAUACAAGUGUGCGUAUUUAAAAAUAGAGCCGGAGCAAAACUGAGUUUGGUUGUGCUUUAUUUAAGUAUUGAUUACAAAGUACUAACAUUUUUUUAAUCAUCAAUAGGCGCGGGCAUGGUAAAACACAGAUAAAACAAGCACACAAGUGAGCGUAUUUAAAAAUAGAGCGGGAGCAAAACUGAGUUUGGUAUUCACAUUUUUUUUUACCGGUAAUCGUCAUCAAUCAAACCCAUGGAAGUCCUCAUCCUCUGUUUCUGAAUUGAACAGCUGCGCUAAACCUCCAUCAAACAUGCCAGGUUCACUUUCUUCACUGUCAGAGUCACUUUCCGUGCCGUGCGGCGCCUCGGAAAUGAUGCCGGCUUUUGCGAAAGCUCGAACAACAGUGCCAGCAGACACGUUAGCCCAAGCAUUUACAAUCCAUUCGCAAAUUGUGGCGUAACUCGCCCGGCGCUGCCUUCCACUCUUAGUGAAACUGUGGUCUCCAUCGGUCUUCCAUCGCUCCCACGCCGCUCGCAGCCUUACUUUGAACGGCCGGUUCACACCGAUGUCCAGCGGUUGGAGUUCCUUUGUCUGGCCUCCCGGAAUGACAGCAAGCUCAGAGUUCAUUUGCUUCACUUGUUUUUUCACAUCGGCUGUGAGAUGGGCACGCAUAGAGUCACAGAUCAACAGCGAUGGUGAUGCGUGGAAAAAACCACCUGGUCUACGUCCGCCUUACAACAACAACAACACACACAGGACGCACUGCACCAUAGGGCGCGCCGCACAAUUUGAAGAAAAUCUAAGACUUUUAUGUGCGCCUUAUAGUCGUGAAAAUACGGUAUGUGUCUGGAGAUAGUGGCAUUUUUAUAACGGCACAUUUUCAUGCUUUGACAGAUACAGUGAGGGGAAAAAGUUUUCAGACACCCUGAAAAUUUGACACAAUCUUAAAUAUCAUGAAUUAUUUGUUGAAAAGUCUUUUUUGUGUGUGUUUCUAAGGGUGUGGCUGCAUCAGACAGACACAAAUACAAAUGAUAUUCUUUUGUUUUGUUGUUUACAAGAAAAACUAACAAAACUAAAUUGUACCAAAUUUCUCAUUUUAUGGAACCAGUCAAUUUUCAGUUUUUAAUGUCUUUUUUACGAUGUGUUUAGUUUUAUGAUUGUUCUAAAAUAAAUGACUCUUGAAGACCUCAAAGUGAUUCUUAAUGCAGUAUUUCUCAAAUGUAUGGGAUGUCCAAAAAUGUUUUUCCACUGCUGAAUUUAACAGCAAUCUGAUCUGCUGAUGUUAGCAAGACAAACAAGUGAAGGUUUCAGGCUUUUAUCAAGAAUUGUUCUUGAGAUAUUCAUCUUCAAACAGCCUCAAAUUUCAAUGUGAGAAAAUAAAAACAAGUGAAACUGGG